AUGGGUAAGAAACUAGAUGCUCUGCUUGGUAGAACCUUCAAGGCUGCAAAGUUCAAGCCAAUCGUUAACCUUGCAUUCUCACGCCUCACUGUUCUCAAGAACCAGCGCAACGCUCGCCUUAGACAAGCCCGUUCUGAUGUCCUUGAACUCCUUCAACUUGGUCACCAUGAACGAGCUUUGCUUCGUGUUGAGCAUGUGAUCAAGGAAAGAAAUAUGUUGGAUGUGUAUGAUAAGAUUGAAGGAUAUUGCAGCCUCUUGAUUGAAAGAGUUCACCUCAUUGAACAAGAAAGAGAAUGUCCAGAGGAACUAAAGGAGGCAGCAUCAGGAUUACUCUUUGCAGCUUCUAGGUGUGGAGAUUUUCCAGAGAUUCAAGAGAUUCGUGCAGUUUUGACCUCUCGAUUUGGCAAGGAGUUUGCUGCUCGUGCCGUUGACUUAAGGAACAACUGUGGAGUCCAUCCUCAGAUGAUACAAAAGCUGUCAACAAGGAUGCCUAGCUUGGAAAGCAGAAUGAAGGCACUCAAAGAAAUUGCUUCUGAGAAUGGUAUUGUUCUGCAGCUUGAAGAAGCUUCUUCUGUAUCGGUUGAGGAACAAUCCAAUGCGGAAAAUGAAAACCAGCAUGAAACUGAGAUAAAGAAAGAGAAAAUCUGGAUUUUACCAAAUAGAGGAAAAGAUGAGGAAUUAACUGAUUCCUUUAAGGCCGGGCAAAAGUACAAGGACGUAGCUGAUGCAGCACAAGCAGCUUUUGAAUCAGCAGCAUAUGCAGCAGCUGCUGCAAGGGCAGCUGUGGAACUCUCACGAUUUCAACCACAUGAUCCUGAUGAUCAUAAUAGUCCAAGCCUCCAACCAAGAAAAGUGCUGGAUGGACAUGAUUCUGUGAAAUCUCAACUGGAAGACAAGGAUAUUCUCGGUGACACUCAAGGAAAAGAAUUUAAGGAGGAUAUAGACGAGUUAAAGAAGCCAAAAGACAAAUUAAGUCGCAAUUCAGCAGAUGAGAUUUUAAAGGGGGGUACUGCCUCAGUGGAUGCUGAAAUUGAGGCUGAUCCUUUUGAGAAGGAACUAGUUUUUGAUGAAAGUGAUGAUGAGAUUGAUAAUAAACAGAAUAAAAAUCAAUCUUCUAAGAAGAUAUCUUCAAGGUAUGGUGCUAGUAUAGAGGUUGGAUCCGGGUCUAGGCAGCUAGUAUUAAAUACAGUGUCUGGAUCCAAUAUGCAGAUUGCAUCUCAGUUAGGUCUGGACAAGAGGCCAAUUUCAGUGAGGACUAGAUGAGUGAAAAAUUACUGAGUAUAAGUGCAUCUAGCAUGCAACGUUGCGUAAUCAGAUUUUAGUGUUGCUAGUCGCUUAGCGAAGUGUGUAAUUG